AUCCCAUUCCAGUGGAUGUGGAUACAUGUCUUGUCAUAAGAUCCCUGGCGUUUUGAAGUCCCAUGUUUCCACCUCGUGCGUGACUUGCUAGGUAGUAGUACAUCACACCCUUAGUAUACUCCAUACUUCAUAUCAUAUCUCCUAUACCUUACGCUUCCAACUUUCCAAUGGCCCGCGCUGCGAUAAGCAAGAUGUCCUGGGAAAACCAUGUCCUUCGGCCGGUCCAGAACGCCCCUCCGUCUAUAAUACCGACUCUGAUAUAUGGGACCGCAUGGAAGAAAACCCAGACUACGGAUCUGGUUCACCAGGCGCUGAGCACUGGCUUCCGUGCCGUGGAUACAGCUGCCCAACCAAAGCACUAUCGGGAGGAUCUAGUUGGAGAGGGCAUUCGCCGGGCCCUCAACGAUGGCGCCAUUCAGCGCAAAGAUCUCCAUAUCCAGACCAAAUUCACCUCCGUCCGGGGCCAGGACCCCAAGGAUAUGCCCUACGAUCCGCAGGCGUCCGUGACCGAGCAGGUCCAUGCCUCGAUUCGUUCAUCGCUGUAUAAUCUGCGUCCGGCCGAGGCGCCGGAAAGUGCGGACGAGGCGUACCUCGAUAUGCUUAUCCUCCAUUCCCCACUGCCCACCAUGGCGCAGACGCUGGAGGCCUGGCAGACCUUCGAGACUUACGUCCCGCACCGCAUUCGCAACCUGGGGAUCUCGAACACCGACCUGUCCGUUCUGAAAGAGCUCUUCACCCAGGCGCAGGUGAAGCCGUCGGUGGUGCAGAAUCGGUUCUACGCCGACACGGAGUAUGAUGUCGCGCUGCGGGCCUUCUGUCGGGAGCAGCACAUCGUCUAUCAGAGCUUCUGGACGUUGACGGCGAACCCGGAUCUCGUGCAUUCGAACGCCGUGCAGUCAUUGGCCCGGCGGGCAGAGCUCUCCCCGGCGGCAGCCCUCUACUGUCUGGUUUUGGGCCUAGGGUAUACCACGGUGUUGGAUGGGACCACCAACACGGCUCGGAUGGAAGAGGAUUUGGCUGCUCUCGCGAAGAUCGAACGAUUUUCUGGUGCGCAGCCAGAGGAGUGGCAGGAAAUCCUGGCAGAGUUCCGACUAUCAAUCGGGGAGUAAGCCACGGCAUUGGAUGAGAAGGUUUAGAC